AUGAAGCAAAGCUUCUUCUUCCCCUCAUCCAUAAAUCUGUACAUCCUCAUUUUCUUUCUCGUAUCAGAAACCUCAUUUGCUGUGGAUUUUCACUUUGAAAACUGCAGUGUGCCCAAGACUUGUGGCGGCCAAAACAUAUGCUUUCCGUUCUUCAUUCCAGGCCAGCAAGAACCCUACUGCGGCUUCCCGGGGUUUCAACUCUCCUGCAUCGAUGGAUACCCUACUCUUCAGUUGGCUGGAGAUGAGUACUUGGUCCACAAUAUCAGUUACCAACACCAGACUCUUGUCGUCUCAAACGCUGCACUUUCAAACUCAAACACAUCGGUUUGUAUUCCAUCAGUCCAAAACUUAACCUUUCCUACUGAUCAGUAUGACCUUGUUGAGAACCAAAAAGAAAUCGUUUUGCUAUAUGAUUGCAACUCUGCUUUGGUUGAUGAGUCGUUUUCCGAUGAGUACAAAAUCGGUUGCUUUAAGCAAACAAUGGCUAGGACGAAUAGUAGUUCAGUUCUGGCGCUGCCUGGGGAUCAACAACAAUUGUUAGCUAACGUGUCUGACAAGUGUGGAAGAGAAGUGGUGGUAACUCCGGUUGAAGAUUAUGCAACUAAUGAGUUGGAUAUUGAAGAGGUUUUGAAAAGAGGGUUUAAGCUGAAAUGGUCAUCAGCAAGCGGCUGCAGCCGGUGUGAGGACAGUGGAGGCAAGUGUGGUUUUGAUUCCGAGUCCCGUCAUUUCCGCUGUUUCUGCCCAGAUAGGCCUCAUCUUGUCAGCUGUAAAGGUAAAGGAGAUGCAUUGGGAUUGAAGCUAGGACUAGGCCUAGGACUAGGUGCAGCUGGUCUUGUGAUUCUAGUAAUAGUUGUUGUUUGCUGCUUCAGGAUGAAGUUGUCUGAUAAAUCUAUGUUCUUUUGGAUGAACAAAUAUCAUAGUCGAGAAAUUGUUCAGGAAUUUCUAAGGGACCAUGGACCACUUCAAGUUAAGAGAUACAGCUACUUGGAUGUGAAGAAAAUGACCAGCUCCUUCAAGGAAAAAUUAGGACAAGGGGGGUACGGUGGUGUAUACAAAGGAAAAUUAGACGAUGGAUGUCUUGUAGCAGUGAAGAUCUUGAACAGAUCAAAAGGUAAUGGAGAAGAGUUUAUGAAUGAGGUUGCAGCCAUUAGUAGAACUUCCCAUGUCAACAUUGUCAGCUUGUUGGGGUUUUGUUUUGACGGUUCAGAAAGAGCUCUCAUCUAUCAAUACAUGCCUAAUGGAUCUUUGGAGAAGUUCAUAUAUGAUGUAAAUAACCCACAAAAAAAUCAACACUUGGGGUGGGAAGCAUUGGAUCGAAUUGCACUUGGCAUUGCUCGAGGACUAGAGUAUUUACAUCGCGGUUGUAACACAAGAAUCUUGCAUUUCGAUAUUAAGCCUCACAACAUUCUUCUUGAUGAGAAAUUCUCACCGAAAAUCUCAGAUUUUGGCCUUGCAAAAAUAUGCAAGGGAAAUGAGAGCAUUGUGUCAAUGCUGGGUUUAAGAGGUACUUAUGGAUACAUUGCUCCAGAAGUUUUCUGUAGAAAUUUUGGUGGUGUUUCACACAAAUCCGAUGUGUACAGCUACGGAAUGAUGCUUUCAGUGAUGGUUGGGGGAAAAAAGAAGAUCAGUGUUGAAGUUGAAGACACUAGCGAAAUAUAUUUUCCACACUGGAUUUACAAGCGUCUUGAAUUGGAUCAAGAACUUGGCGUGCAGAACAUCAUGAAUGAGGGAGACAAAGUAAUAGCAAGGAAGUUGAUAAUAGUGAGCUUGUGGUGCAUACAAACCAACCCUUCAAACCGGCCAUCCAUGAAACAAGUGAUAGAAAUGUUGGAAGGGAGUGUUGAGUCCUUGCAGAUACCACCAAAGCCUUACUUGUCUUCUCCUCCAAAAUCCCCUGCACAUUCUUCUACUACUAUAUCGGUGUCGAUAUAAUAGAAC